AUGCCGAAGAAGAGCAAGAAGAGCAAGAGCAAGCGGGUCACGCUCAAGGCGAAGCACAAGGUGCUGCGCAAGGUCAAGGAGCACCACCGCAAGAAGCGCAAGGAGGCGAGGAAGGAGGGCAAGACCGGCCGGAGCAAGGUCGAGAAGGACCCCGGGAUCCCCAACGAGUGGCCCUUCAAGGAGCAGGAGCUCAAGAACCUGGAGGUGCGCCGCGCCAUGGCCAUCAAGGAGCAGGAGGACAAGAAGGAGGCCCGCAGGGAGAGGGCUAGGAAGAGAAAGCUCGGAAUACCCGACGAUGAAGACAUGGCUAAUGACAAUGACGCAGCAGAGGUGACUGCUGCUUUAGCGGUGCCUAAGACCAAUGACCAUUCAGAGAGAGCCUUCUACAAGGAGCUGGUUAAAGUCAUCGAAGCUUCCGAUGUGAUUCUCGAGGUUCUUGAUGCAAGGGACCCACUGGGCACUCGCUGCGUUGACAUGGAGAAGAUGGUCAGGAAGGCUGAUCCAACUAAACGGAUUGUGCUGCUUCUCAACAAGAUAGAUCUUGUCCCCAAGGAGUCGGUAGAGAAGUGGCUUUCAUAUCUAAGGGAGGAAUUGCCAACUGUUGCAUUCAAGUGCAACACUCAAGAGCAGAGGACCAAGCUGGGAUGGAAAUCGUCAAAGCUUGAUAAAACAAGCAAUAUCCCACAAAGCAGUGAUUGUCUUGGUGCUGAGAACCUGAUUAAACUGCUAAAAAAUUAUUCCAGGAGUCAUGAGCUCAAGUUGGCAAUUACUGUGGGUAUUGUUGGCCUUCCUAAUGUUGGCAAGAGCAGUCUAAUCAACAGUUUGAAGAGGUCCCGUGUGGUUAAUGUCGGUUCUACUCCAGGGGUUACUAGAUCAAUGCAGGAGGUUCAGUUAGACAAGAAGGUGAAGUUGUUGGAUUGUCCUGGUGUUGUGAUGCUCAGAUCUACCAGCAGUGGUGUGUCUGUAGCUCUUCGUAAUUGCAAAAGAGUUGAGAAGAUGGACGAUGUAAUCACUCCUGUUAAAGAAAUCAUCAGUCUUUGCCCACACGAGAAAUUGCUGUCUCUGUACAAGGUGCCAAGCUUUACUUCAGUUGAUGAUUUCCUUCAAAAACUUGCUACACUCAGGGGGAAAUUGAAAAAAGGUGGUAUAGUGGAUGUGGAAGCUGCUGCAAAAAUAGUGAUUCAUGACUGGAAUGAAGGCAAGGUACCCUACUUUACACUGCCACCUAAAAGGGAUGUUGUGGAGGACGCCAAUGCGGUAAUUAUCACAGAAGAUGGAAGUGAAUUCAAUGUUGAUGAAAUUUACAAAGCUGAGUCUUCAUAUAUUAGUGGUCUAAAAUCUAUGGAGGAGUUCAGUCAUAUUGAAAUUCCAUCUAAUGCCCCACCAGAGAUUGAUGAAGCGAUGCUCGAGGAUCCCCUGACGCAGAGUGCGCCUGUGAAGGACGAAUCGAUGUCCGACGCGAACGACCGUGAAGGAAGCAAGGCGGCGGCGAGUGGUGGCACGCAGCACGACAAGCUGUACACCGCCGAGGGCAUCCUCGACCCCCGCAAGAAGAAAGCGGAGAAGAAGCGGCGCAAGGGGAACAAGUUCAGCGUGCUGAACGACAUGGACGCGGACUACGACUUCAAGGUGGAUUACCAGAUGAAGGAUGCCUCCCCCGCGGACGACGAAGAUGGCGAUGGCAGCAAAGCCGAGGGCGAAGAACCCAAGGGUGAAGACGACAAGAAAGACGCCCCUGCUGCGGAGUGCGAGCCUAUGACGAGCGCAGGUUUUGGGGGUGCGAAUUAG